CUACUGGAGUCAAAAUCGUCAUUCCACCGUUCGGUUCGGUCGGGUUCGGGUUGUUUCUACCCUUAACGUGCUUUCGCCCCGACCGAUACGCGCUCAGUUCGCGCCCGACCAAAUCACGUGCUCCUGACACCCCGAAAUUCAAAUUCAAAAUCCGCAGCUUCGAAAAGCGGUAAAAAUUCCCACGUUUCGUCCUGACGAUGCUGAUGUACUUCGACCCGCCUACUCGAGUACUCGAAUAAUCUCCCAAGCAGAUUUCCACUGCUUCGAUAAUGCCGAAUGAAAGUGUUCCAAUCUGCGGAUGCGGAGUGGCGUUGCAGGAGCUGCCAAAAAGUCGAAGCGGGAACAUGAUCCAGAGUAAAUCCUGCGGGGUGAGUCUGCAGGCUGCGAAGACAUCGACGAGCGUCCCGAAGUGGAAGAAUCGGGGAGCAGAGGGACAACAAGGCCCAGCAUCGGGGCCCGGAGGUGAGAACGGAGGGACAAGUUCGGUCGGCGAUCAGCAAUGGAGGACGAAAAAGCACAACGCGAAGCAGGGAAAGCGGUUGAACUCGUCGAGGAGAACUCGAAGUGCUGAGAGACCGGACUCCCACUAUACUUACAUAGACUCAGGUUCGAGCAUCGUCGGCGCUGGAAUCAGGGAGGAUGUUAUUCCCGAGGCUUUGUACGCCAGCAUCAAUGGAUCCCCAAACAGAACUGCCAAUCUCAGCUCAUUGUCGGCCAAUAACCAAACCAACGGACAGAAUAAUCACUCACAGCCAGUUUACGCGAUUCCCUCGAUGACGUCACCGCCGCCUACCUACGACGUCGCGAUGUGGCAGUCGGGACUUCCGCCGUCCUACGAGGAGUACUUGUGCCACAAUUACCCGAUAAAUUCUCGCUCCCACACGCCACCACCACCGUGGUCAGACUCUGGAAACGGCCAGCAACAAUCUCGUCGAAAUAUUUUAGCGAGCCAGCCGGAUCUUCGAGAGUACUUGAACCAGCUCGCCAAGGCUCACGCCCAAGUAAAAGCGCAAGCUUUGCAAGCACAGGCGCAAAACAAUAAUCAUACAUCCGGACGGCUUCACCAGCAAAGGGUUCAACGCGAAACUACAACCUCGGCCUCAAACCUUCAAGUAUCGCGGGAUCAAACGGUUGUCUCCAACCGAGCUCGAACCAGGAUUUCUAGAUCUCAGAGUGAAAGUCGUGCGCGACAACAACGUGUGACAACGAUGUACGCGGAUGCUGCAUUUUGUAUGGAAACAACAGCGAUCCAAUCGGCUUUCGAACACGGUGUCGCAUUUUGCAGCCUAAUGUAAAUUGAUCUACGCGGGUGGCGGAUGCAACCCUAAACGCUCUACGUGCAAUUCUCCAAGUAUUAUACAACACGCAAAAUGUUUUAUAUAAUUUACGACGA